AAUGGAAGCCUGUGGGCAGUGUUGUGGGAGCACACACACACACACACACACCCGCGCAUGCACACACAUUCGCAUUGGUGACCUCUACAUAUAUUCAGAGCCUCCCUGGCCCUCCUCAAGGGUCCUGCAAAAGUAGCCCCGAGGUCCAGCCCUGCAGGAGUCCCAGCUGGCGCUUGCAGGAGUUCUGGCCCACUCUGAAGACAGAGGCUUCUCCAGGUUCUUUCUCUCGCAUCUCCAUUCUUGCCAACGGAUGCAGGACGCUGUUGUCUCCCUGCAUGAUGACAUGUUCACAGACCUGCUCCCGCAUCCUGGGGCUGAGCCUCAGUACUACAGCUCUGGUUGCUGCUGGGGCCAACGUGGCGCUCCUCUUUCCUAACUGGGAUGUAACCUACCUGUUGAGGGGCCUCAUUGGCAGGCAUGCCUUGCUGGGCUCUGGACUCUGGGGAGGAGGCUUCAUGGUACUCACUGCAGCUACCCUCAUCUCCUUGAUGGGAUGGAGAUAUGGAUGCUUCAGUAAGAGUGGGCCCUGCCAAAGUAUGCUCACUGCUUUGUUUUCAAGUGGACUGGCUUUGCUUGGAGCCUUGAUUUGCUUUAUCACUUCUGGAGUAGCCCUGAAAGAUGGUCCUUUCUGUAUGUUUGAUGUCUCAUCCUUCAAUCAGACGCAAACUUGGAAAUAUGGUUACCCAUUCAAAGACAUGCAUAACAGGAAUUAUUUGUAUGACUAUUCACUCUGGAACUCUGGCUGCCUGGAGCCUUCUAAAGCUGUUGUUUGGCACGUGUCCUUCUUCUCCACCCUUCUGUGCAUCAGCCUCCUCCAGAUUUUCCUGGUAGUCAUUUAUUUCUUCAACAGCAUCCUGGGCCUUUUCUGCAGCCUCUGUGAGAAGUCAUAGGUAAUGCCCUUUCAUGGUGAGAGUUUUCAUCAGAAGCUGUCUUGAAUCCUCUCUGCAACUAGGACUUAUGGGUAUGAAUCAUAAACAAACUUCCCUUUUAUUAUUCCCUGUAGGAAUAAUAAAAAUAAUAAUUCCUUGCAUGUAUGUUGAAUGAUAUGUUUUUUAAAUCACAUUGUAAACUGCAAGAUGAUAUUUUUGUAGAAGGAAUAAUUAAGUCAUUAUUGUGUAGGUACUUACACUCCAUAAAAUGUCCUCCAGCCAUGAUCUCAUUUCAGCCUCUCAACAACCCCGUAAAAUCUGUCACAUGUCAUACAUAGAGAAGUUAAGGCUCCUAGAGGAUAACGGAUUGGCUGCCCAAAAGCACUCAACUAAGUUCAGGUAACGUCAGUACCUGAGGCCCUAUCUUCUAAAUUCAAGUUCACCAGUUGUUACGGACUGAACUGGGUGCCCCCAAAUUCACAGGUUGAAGCCUUAAUCACAAUUGUGACUUUAUUUGGAGAUAGGAUUAAGGUUAAAUGAGGUCAUAAGGAAAGGACCCUAAUCUAGUAGGACUGGCAUCCUUAUAUGAAGAGGAUGAGAUACCAGAUCUCUCACUCCACACGAGCACAGAAG